AACUGAGAAAAAAACCCACAAGGAAAAUGUCAAGCUCCGACCCGAAACCCGGAACUAAACCGGGUCCAUGGCCUCCAGCUCCAGAAUCCGCCGCAAUGCCACCGUCUUCUUGGGCUAAAAAAACCGGAUUUCGUCCUAAAUUCUCCGGUGAGACUACCGCCACUGAUUCCUCCGGUCAGCUCUCAUUACCGGUUAGAGCUAGACAACAAGAAACCCAACCGGAUCUUGAAGCUGGUCAAGCCAGACUCCGUCCUCCACCUGUCUCCUCCGCCGUAGCUAACGGUGAGACUGAUAAAGAUAAGAAAGAGAAACCACCACCAACAACAACAACACCACCACCACCUCCUGGUUCUGUUGCUGUUCCGGUUAAGGAUCAGCCGGUUAAGAGAAGGAGAGAUUCUGAUGGAGUUACUGGAAGAUCAAAUGGACCUGAUGGAGCUAAUGGGUCAGGUGACCCGGUUAGAAGACCGGGUCGUAUUGAAGAGACUGUUGAGGUUUUGCCUCAGAGUAUGGAUGAUGAUUUAGUGGCUAGAAAUUUGCAUAUGAAGUAUGGUCUUAGAGAUACUCCUGGACUUGUUCCAAUUGGGUUCUAUGGUUUGCAACAUUACCUUUCAAUGUUAGGAUCAUUGAUUCUGGUUCCACUGGUUAUUGUUCCUGCAAUGGGAGGUUCCCACGAGGACAUUGCAAAUGUUGUAUCGACUGUACUUUUUGUCUCUGGAAUCACUACACUGUUGCAUACUUCGUUUGGGUCGAGGCUUCCUUUGAUUCAAGGACCUUCCUUUGUUUUUCUUGCUCCGGCUUUGGCUAUAAUAAACUCUCCGGAAUUUCAAGGUUUGAAUGGAAAUAAUAACUUCAAGCAUAUCAUGAGGGAGCUACAAGGUGCAAUCAUAAUUGGUUCAGCUUUUCAAGCAGUGCUUGGAUACAGUGGCCUAAUGUCACUGAUUUUGAGGUUGGUCAAUCCAGUAGUUGUUGCUCCGACAAUAGCUGCAGUUGGACUUUCUUUUUACAGUUAUGGUUUCCCGCUUGUUGGUAAAUGUCUUGAGAUCGGUGUUGUGCAAAUACUACUUGUGAUCAUCUUUGCUCUUUACCUCCGGAAAAUCUCAGUUUUAAGCCAUCGUAUUUUCCUGAUUUAUGCGGUUCCAUUGAGUCUUGCAAUCACUUGGGCUGCUGCAUUCCUUCUAACCGAAGCAGGAGCUUUCACCUACAAAGGUUGUGACCCAAACGUUCCUGUCUCAAAUGUUGUAUCGAGCCACUGCAGAAAAUACAUGACCAGAAUGAAGUACUGUCGGGUUGAUACUUCUCAUGCACUGAGUUCCGCCCCUUGGUUUAGGUUUCCUUACCCCUUGCAAUGGGGUGUACCGAUAUUCAACUGGAAAAUGGCUUUUGUUAUGUGCGUAGUCUCCAUAAUUGCUUCAGUAGAUUCGGUUGGUUCGUACCAUGCUUCUUCUCUAUUAGUAGCAUCAAGGCCUCCAACUCGUGGUGUUGUGAGUCGGGCUAUCGGUCUUGAAGGUUUCACAAGUGUCUUAGCCGGUCUUUGGGGUAUGGGUACUGGUUCAACCACUCUAACCGAAAACGUUCACACAAUCGCUGUGACCAAAAUGGGAAGCCGCAGAGUCGUUGAGUUAGGGGCAUGUGUUUUGGUUAUAUUUUCCCUUCUUGGCAAGGUUGGAGGGUUUCUCGCAUCAAUUCCGCAAGUCAUGGUUGCCUCUCUUCUUUGCUUUAUGUGGGCAAUGUUUACGGCUUUAGGUCUUUCCAACUUACGUUAUAGUGAAGCUGGAAGCUCACGGAAUAUCAUAAUUGUCGGGUUGUCGCUGUUCUUUUCUCUCUCUGUCCCAGCUUACUUCCAGCAAUACGGCAUUUCUCCAAACUCGAAUCUCUCUGUUCCAAGUUAUUACCAACCUUACAUUGUUUCUUCUCAUGGACCCUUCAAAAGCCAAUAUAAAGGGGUGAACUAUGUGAUGAACACGCUCUUAUCGAUGAACAUGGUGAUUGCGUUCAUAAUGGCUGUGAUUUUGGACAACACAGUCCCGGGGAGCAAGCAAGAACGCGGAGUUUAUGUUUGGUCUGACAGUGAGACUGCAACAAGAGAACCAGCACUUGCUAAAGACUAUGAGCUGCCGUUUCGGAGUUUACCUUCUUAUCGACGGAGGCGGCAUGAGGAGCGGCGGAAGCUGAAGGGAAAUCCUGAAGAGCUUGCAUACCUUCACGUCUCUUCUUCAUCAAACUCUCCUCACGCUUACUUUUACGGAUCUCAACCAUGUUGUCCUCUCUCCUCCGUCCUGGCGUUGGGUCUCAGCGACAUGGCUCUGGCUCGACAAGGAAAAUCCGAUAAAAAGAAGGUUUUGUUGUGUGGUUGUAUCUCAUUCUCAUCUAACCUCUCGCGUCUCUCCCCUUACUCAGAGAUGGCAAAGUCAAAGAAUCACACGGCGCAUAACCAGUCGGCGAAAGCCCACAAGAACGGAAUCAAGAAGCCAAGGAGGCACCGUCACACUCCAACCAGAGGAAUGGAUCCUAAGUUCUUGAGAAACCAGAGGUACGCAAGGAAGCACAACAUCAAGAGCGCCGCUGAAGAAUAAGUAUUUUGGUUAUUUGUGAAACAUUUUGAAGUUUUUUUUAUGAGUUUGAGACUUUCUUAGACAAAGGAACCGAUGUACUACUAUCAGGGAUUGUGUCUCUUUCAGAUUCUCUUAUUUUGCAAUUUACUUGAUUUGAUGCAAUUCUUUCACUAUAUGUUCAUGUAGAUCUAGAAUCUGAAAGCUGAACUGGAUUUACAUAUUUAGGUCUGUCUGGCCUUACUUGAAUCAAUCUGUUAUUAUUUU